AUGGCGAGCGCCAACAACAUGCACAAUUUCACCACCCUCAUCAAGCGGCUCGAGGCGGCGACCUCACGCUUGGAGGAUAUGGCCAUGAACUUGGAUGACCCCAACAUCCCAAAGAGCACCGGAACCCCUACUGCUACAUCGCCCGCAGUGCCCGAGCCCCCGAAGCCCGCUCCUCCGCCACCAGCAGCUCCGGCCGCCGCUCCAAUCCCACCCCAGAUCCAGGACUUCGACGCAUUAAUCAAAGGAGAUGUACAGAAUUUUGUGAACCUGGGUGAGAAGAUUGGUGGCUUGGUUGCAGAGCAGUCUAAAGCAGUUCUGCAGGCCUUCCAGGCUGAGCGCACCUACCUCUAUGUCUCUACAAAGGCCAAGAAGCCCGAGCCUCAGCCCGUGGAGCUUAUGACCGAUCUGCACAAAGCUUCGGAUAAUAUUAACAACCUUCGCGAAUCGAACCGCGCCUCCCCUCUUUUCAACCACUUGAGUGCUGUCGCAGAGGGUAUUGUUGCUCUGGGCUGGUUCUUUGAGAGCAAGCCUGCCGAUUUUGUGGUUGAUAUCAUUGGUGGUAUUCAGUACUAUGGUAAUAAGGUGCUGAAGGAAUACAAAGAAAAGGACCGUACACAUGUUGAGUACAUUCAAGCCUACUACCAGAACUUCAAGGGUCUUGCUGCCUAUCUUAAGAAGCACUACCCCAAGGGCCUGACAUGGAACGACGAAUCCGGAGUCGAUGUUUCGGAGGCUUUGAAACAGAUCAAGAGCGGUCCCACCCCAGCUGGAGCUACUGGGGGUGUUCCUCCCCCUCCCCCCCUCCCCCUCCUGUUCCAACUCUCAAUGUCCCUGGUGGCGCUCAACCAGGGAGAAGAAAUCACCUCUGGUCUGCGCAAGGUCGACAAGUCACAGAUGACACACAAGAACCCCAGCCUCCGCGCAGACUCCACCAGCUCCAGUGCUGUCCGGAGCAAGUCUCCCGCACCCAGCAAGAAGCCCAAGCCCGAGAGCAUGCGCACAAAGAAGCCCCCGCGCAAGGAGCUGGAGGGCAACAAGUGGCUGAUUGAGAACUUCGAGGCUGCGGAUGACAUCGUCGAGAUUUCCGCGGCGCAGAACCAGUCUAUCCUCAUUUCGCGCUGCAACAAGACUAUCGUCAAGGUCAACGGCAAGGCUAAUGCUAUCUCCAUCGACAACUGCAAUGGCUUGUCCAUUAUUGUUGAUUCUCUGGUUAGCUGUUUGGAUAUCAUCAAGUCUCCCAAAUUCGCUCUGCAGAUUGACGGCGUUGUCCCCACUAUCAUGCUCGAUCAGGUUGAUGGUGCCACCAUCUACCUUGGCCAGCAGAGUCUUGCGACUGAGAUCUUCACUAGCAAGUGCAGUGCUAUUAACAUAACACUCCCGCCUAAGGAGGGUACUGAUGACGACACCAAGGAGUGCCCCGUUCCCGAGCAGCUUAAGAGCUACAUUAAGGAUGGCGUUUUGGUAACCGAGAUUGUCGAGCAUGCUGGUUAA